UUCGCUGAUUGGUCAGAAGCGUGCGCGUGCAACAUCAUGCGCUAUUGUUGCAGGAUAGCAUGUAAAUAUGAACGCGCGUAGGUUUUACUGUUCUGCGGAAGCGAAAUUGAUUAAAAUAUUCCGUUAUUUUGCUAAUUGUUUGCUUCUUUUUUGUUAAUCCUACUGGCACAAGUCUAGAAGAAAUGCGUCAAGACGCGUGCAUAAAUUAACGCAACGGUACAUUCUAUGUUGAUUGAAUGGAGUCGACUGUUCUAGCGAACAUGCGUCGGUGUUUAUUGUUAGUUUUUUAUUUAGUGCAUGUAUUGGCGGAUACAGAUUUUGCCAAAUUUGACGGUGCACCGCCUUCUAAAAUAGCUGUUGUUGGAGCAGGAAUUGGAGGAACCGCUACAGCGCAUUUCCUUAGGCAACAUUUCGGGCCAGAAGUGAGAAUUGAUGUGUUUGAAAAGGGGUCAGUCGGUGGUCGUCUGGCUACUGUCACUGUGAACCACCAAGACUACGAGUCCGGUGGAUCCAUCAUCCAUUCCCUCAACCUGCACAUGCAAGACUUUGUCCAGCAGUUGGGGCUGAAGUAUCGUAAGAGUGUGGCUGGGAAAACAGCAGUGUUCAACGGAGAAGAGUUCAUUCUAGAGGAGACAGACUGGUACCUGCUGGAUCUGUUUCGCUUGUGGUGGCGCUAUGGCAUAAGCUUCAUCCGUCUGCAGAUGUGGGUGGAGGAGAUCAUGGAGAAGUUUAUGAGAAUCUAUAAAUACCAGGCUCACGGCUAUGCCUUCAGUUCAGUGGAGGAGUUGCUGCACUCUCUGGGCGGUUCGGGAUUCAUCAACAUGACCCGCCGCUCUCUAUCCGAGUCUCUGCUAGAAUUGGGCGUCUCUCAGCGCUUCAUUGACGAAGUCAUUGCCCCCAUCAUGAGGGUCAACUACGGCCAGAACAUCAGCAUCCCUGCAUUUGUUGGUGCUGUGUCUCUAGCUGGUGCUCAGGCCAAUCUCUGGGCCGUGGAAGGAGGAAACAAGCUGGUGUGCUCAGGACUGCUCAAACUGGCCAGAGCAAAUCUUAUCCAGAGUCCAGUUACAACUGUUACUCUCCGCUCAACAGGGGAAGAGCACCAGUAUGAGCUCACCUACAGCUCUCAAAGCGAACAGACAUCCGAGAUCUACGACAUCGUAGUAAUAGCGACACCGCUCCAACAAAAUGUCAACUCUGGCAUCUCAUUCCAGGGCUUUGAGCCUCAAAUUCCAGAAAUGGUGGGCUCCUACCACCAAACGGUGGCCUCCAUCAUCCAUGGCUACCUAAAUUGCACCUACUUUGGCUUCCCAGAUCCAAAGCUCUUCCCAUUUUCAAGCAUUCUCACAACCGACACCGAGGAGCUGUUCUUCAACAGCGCCGCCAGCGUCUGUCCCGUCAACAUAACCUCCGGUUUCCGCCGAAAGCAGCCUCAGGAGGCGGGAGUUUACAAGGUGUUCUCCCCAAAACCUCUGGAGAAGAGUGAGCUGAAGACCCUUUUUAAGUCCUACUACUCUGUGCAGGUCACCGAUUGGAUGGCCUACCCUCAUUACGGCAGCACUCAAGGCUUGCCGCCAGUUGUGCUGCAUGAAAACAUGUACUUUCUUAAUGGAAUCGAGUGGGCAGGGAGUGCCAUGGAGAUGAGCUCAGUGGCAGCCAAGAAUAUUGCACUGUUGGCCUACCACCGCUGGAACAGACAGUCGGAGAUGAUUGACCAGAAGGAUCUCAUGCACAAAGUCAAGACGGAAUUGUGACGCAUCCAAUUUGCUAUUUAAAGUAAUUUUUAUGGAUCAUGGCCUUAAUUUACAACACCCCUAGAGUUUCGUUUUUAAUCCAUUCAGCCAAUUUUUGUGUCAUUUAGCUUAGCUUAGCAUAGAUCAUUGAAUUAGAUUAGACCAUUAGCAUCACGUGCAAAUUUUAAAAGAGUUAAUUUUCUUAUUUAAAGUUUGACUCUACUGUAUACGUUGUGUACUAAGACUGACAAGACAAUGAAGAUUUGCUAUUUUCUAGGCCGAUAUGGCUAGAAACUGUACUCGUAUUCUGGCGUAAUAAUCAAAGAACUUUGCUGUCGUACCAUGCCUGCAACAGGCACAAUGAUAUUACGCAGAUUCUAACUGGUGGUUCAAGUGUAGGGUUUGGUGCUAGGGAUUAUUUUAAAGCACUGUGUAACAUUGCCCCUACUGCAGCCAUGGUACAGCAGCAAAGUUCCUUGAUUAUUACGCCGGAAUGAGAGUAUAGCUCCUAGACACAACAGUCUGUUGUAUGUAUGAAUCAGUGAAGUCAGUAUGAAUUAGAAACCCAAUUUUCCAUCUGUCUUAGUACAUGAUGUAACUACAGAAGAGUCAAGCUUUAAAUAAAGAAAUUAUCAUAAUUUUUUUGAAAAUUUUGAGCGAGAUGCUAAUAGUCUAAUCCGAUUCAAUAAUCUAUGCUAAGCUAAGCUAAAAGUGCUGAAUAUCAGCUGAUAACAGUUUAACUCUAGUGUAGUUAUAAAAUUAGCCUAUAUUUGAGCAAAAACAGGUCAAUAAUAAGGAGAAUUAUGAUAUAUUAAGUGACCAUGCAUCAAGACUUGCCACAUGCAUCAUGACCAGGAUUUAUUACCUGCUGAGGCCAGUUUAACCAAUAAUGUGCAAGCAUUGUACACAAUCGACCAAUCAUGGUGUAUUUGAAGUUGGGAUCUACAGAGAAUGUUCAAAAUGAUGUAAAUACAUGUGUAUAUAUGAAGUGUUCAGAUGCAAAAACCUCUAAAUGCCAUCUGAAAUUUCCAUCGGAAAUGAGCAUUUUUCUCAGACUCCUGUGUUUAUGUUGAGUUUCAUUUUAAAAACCUUAAAACGGGUGUAUUCUUUGCUAAAAACCUGAAAUUACUGAACCUACACACAGGAGCCUGAUAAAAAAAGUUCAUGUUUGAAGGAACUUUCAAACGGCUUUUAGAGGUUUUUGCAUCUGAACUCUUCAUAUGAUAGCUGCAUGACUUCAAAGUAGCAUGAGAGCAAUUUGAUAGUAUACAGCGCUAUAUGAUGCCUACACCUCUUACAAAUGUCAUACAGUGAUCAGUCUGUACAGUGUAAACAGUCAAAACCUGGACUUUUUAGGGUCUUUAUUAGGACAGGACAGUGGCGAUAACGGACAGAAAGAAUUGGAAGUAGAGUUCAAGCCGGGACUUGAACUCGGGUCACAGUGAGCACAUUAUUGCUAUGUGUCGACACACUGAACCACUUGGCAACACACUCAGAAAUGAAGAUACAUCACUAAUGCAGUUAAAAAUCUUUUGAAAGCUAGUACACAAUGUAACAACAGAAGAGUCAAGCUUUAAAUAAUAAAAUGAUCAAAACACUUUUUUGAAAAUUUUGAGCGAGAUGCUAAUGGUCUAAUCCGAUUCAAUGAUCUAUGCUAAGCUAAAAGUGCUCCUGCCAGACCUAAAGAUCAGCUGAAUGGAUUGAAAAAUAGUGAAACUCAACUGUUUAUCUCUAGGGUAGUUAUGAAAUGAGCCUAUAUUCAAAAGAGGUCAAUAAUAAAGAUAAUUAUGAUCUAUUAAGUGACCAUACUUGCCACAUGUGUCAUGGACAGGAUUUAUUACCUGUUGAAGCCAGUUUGAUCAAUAAUGUGCAAGCAUUGUACACAAUCGACCAAUCGUGGUGCAUGUGAAGGUGAGAUCUACAGAGAACGUUCAAAAUGACGUUAAUUCAUGUAUGUAUGAAGAGUUCACAUGCAAAAACCUCUAAAGGCCAUCGAAAAUGAGCAUGUAUAUGUUGAGUUAUUUCAUUUUAAAAACCUUUAGAAGAGUGUAUUCUUUGCCAUAAACUUGAAAUUACUGAACCUACACACAAGAGCCUGACAAAAAUGGCCCUUUUUGAAGGCACUUUCAAACGCCUUUUAGAGGUUUUUGCAUCUGAACUCUUCAUAUGAUAGCUGCAUGACUUCAAAGUAGCAUGAGAGCGAUUUGAUAGUAUACAGCGCUAUAUGAUGCCUCUUACGAAUGUCAUAUAGUGAUCAGUCUGUACAGUGUAAACAGUCAAAACCUGGACUUUUUAGGGUCUUUAUGAGGACAGGAGAGUGGAGAUUACGAACUGAAUGAAUUGGAAGUAGCGUGAAAGGGCAAGGAUCGGCAAAGGACCUCAAGCCAGGACUUGAACUCGGGUCACCGUGAGCACAUUAUUGCUAUGUGUCGGCACACUGAACCACUUGGCAACACACUCAGAAGUAAAGGUACAAAAUUUAUCACUGAUGUAAUUCAAAAACUUUCAAAAGCUCCACUUUUGUAUCGUACAGGUGGACAUUACUUGGUUGAGUUUCCACUUUUGUCUCUUUAAGGUUUACUUUUGUUCCUUUAUGGUACUAUAAGGAACACAUUUGUACUUUUUAGGUAUUAAUAUGUAUCUGUAAAGACCUGCUAGGAACAAAAAUGUAAUUCCACCCCAGUGACUUUAUUUCUGAGCGGCACCGACCAAACCUGGACCUUUUUUGAGCUAUAUAGAACUCCUGGCCUGGUGGUAUCCCAUAAUAUAUACCACAUAUGUUCACAAUGAUAUUAAAGUUUGGACAAAGCCAAAAGUAGUUCUCGUUUCUACACAACAUUGCUUCUGUCUUAGUUUUCAGGUCGCUGAAGAGUCUGCCAGAUGUUUAGUGAAUGUGAACAGCAGUGUGGUCUCAGGCUAAACGCUUGAUCUUAAUCAGACGGCGGUAAUGCGUGGGACGUGUUCUCUAUUACUGACCAACUGACCAACCAACAUCUCUGUGAGCUCAUGUUUAUCUGUGAUGAAGUGACCACGUAUGAGAGAGGUGAAAGUUAGCAUUGCAUUUCAUUGUUUUUUUUAUGUUUGCUGAUGAAGUCCUAAGUUGUACAUGCUAUGUAUGUGUACUCUUCACUAGGCUAGGAAAUGUCUUGGCAGGAAAUAAUCUAUUAUUAAAACUAUUUAUUAUGGCAGCUUGACUUUCUCAGUUUAAUAAAUAAUGGCGUAUGGUG